AGGAAGGCGAAGUGGUCGAGGAAGGCGAGAUUCUGGACGAGCCGAGCCCACCGGUGAAGGAUGCAGCGCCCCCCGCAGACCUGGGGAAACCAGAGACGCUUCCUCCAGCGGCGCCGCUUCCGAGCGUUUCUCCAGAACCGGCGCCCGAGCCAGCAGCCAAGGUAGAUGAUCCCAAGAAUACCAAGACGCCUGGGAAGAAGACGAAGUUCAUCACCGACCGCGCACAGCGCUUCUUGCAGAUGCGUGAGGAAUUGUGGGCCGCAGCUUCGGAAGAAGCAUCCCUUCUACGAACUUUCGAGGCGCCGUUGCAUCGCCACUACUUCCACCAGAAGGUUUUGAGUUCGGCGCAACUGGACGCCUGGCGACGCUUCUUGGACUUCGAGGAGUCACGCGAGCCUCGAGAUUGGCGGCGAUUGCAAGGGUUGUUUGAAAGAUGUUUGAUCGUGGCGAACAAUUACUUGGAAUUUUGGCUGCGCUACGCCAGCGUGUUGGAACAAGCUGAGGCGGCUCAUGGCCAAAACAAGCCUGAGAUCUCUUGCGGCUUGCUGCGAGGUGCCUGCCUGUCGGGCCGCCUCUCCCGACGGCCGGAUGCAUUGGCGGCCUGGGCGGAGCUGGAGGAAUCCUGCGGAAGGGUCGAUCGUGCUCGAGUCUUGUUGGAUGCCACGCUGAGCGGAUGCGGUGAAUAUCACGCAGGCCCUGAAUUGCAAAUUCCCCUGGGACGUCAACCUCUCUGGGUCACGGGAGCAGCGACUUGGCUCUACGCCGUGCAUCUCUGGAGCUGCGACACCAGGAGUCGGAGAAGUCGAUGA